CCUGUACGUUUAGGAACUGUCCUAUUGAAUUCUUGUCGAAAAUCUAAUCGCUUUCCAGUCAAUUUUACUGGGCAACUUUUUCCUGCUAAACGGUCGCGUGUCAGUCCCUGUGAACGCCUGAACAAUAUAUAUGAACAUCUCAGUGAGAAAAUAAGACCUUACUGACCUCGCUAGAACCUGUAUGAGAGACACAACACGCUGUUAAAAAAUAUGUCCCCGUCUUCUAACCGACUUGGCAGACUUCAUUAAAAGGGUAACGCACAAAUUUACGAACUCAGUCAUAUAAGACGAACCGAAAUUCGUAAAUUUGUGCGUUUCCAUUUCAAUGAAGUUCGCCAUUUAUGGCUAUUGGAUUUCCCGAAAAACAUCCAUGGAGCACCAAGGGACACUAGAGGGAUGUAAAGAGCACUUCGUAUUUGUUGAUCGAAUGGCUAGUGGUUGUGAGAACAUAGAAAUACUUAAACUUUCAGUUCAGCAGGCAUACUCUGCAUUUAAAUGACAGAAAAUGAAGUUGGCAGUGGGAAGAAGAUACUUUAUGAAGAACAUACUGGAUGAGGAAUGAUGAAACCAACACAAAAACACAACCAAGCAAACAGGCAUUUUGCCAUGUUAAUGUCAUUGUUGGUUGUAACACAGGCCUUUUUACCUGUACAAGGCAGAAUAAUAUCAGAAAAUGAGCGGAAAUCUUACAGAGAUAGAGUGGCAGCAAUGUUUCAUCAUGCUUAUGAUGCUUAUCUCAAAUAUGCAUACCCAUAUGAUGAACUUCGGCCAUUGACUUGUGAUGGACAUGAUACAUGGGGAAGUUAUUCUUUAACACUGGUGGAUGCAUUGGACACUCUAAUUGUAAUGGGAAAUCAUACAGAGUUCAGAAGAAUUGCAGAGUUACUGAUUGAAAAGUCUCAAGACUUCUUUGAUAUUGACAUCAAUGCAUCUGUAUUUGAAACAAACAUUAGAGUUGUUGGAGGUCUGAUAUCUGCUCAUCUCUUAUCAAAGAGAUCUGGAAUGAUAUUAGAGGCUGGUUGGCCUUGUUCUGGACCAUUACUUCGUAUGGCAGAAACAGUUGCCAGAAAGUUAUUACCAGCAUUUGAUACACCUACUGGUAUGCCAUAUGGUACUGUCAACUUACGACAUGGUGUUCCACAAGAUGAAACGACCAUUACAUGUACUGCUGGAGUAGGAACUUUUUUAAUUGAGUUUGGAACAUUGAGCCGUUUAAUUGGAGAUCCUAUAUUUGAAAAAGUUGCGAUGAGGGCACUGAGGGCAUUAUGGGAACAGAAAUCAUCUAUUGGAAUGAUUGGUAAUCAUAUUGAUGUAGCUACAGGAAAAUGGACAGCCUUAGAUUCUGGUAUUGGAGGUGGUGUGGAUUCUUACUUUGAAUAUCUAGUUAAAGGAUCUAUUAUGUUCAAUAUUCCAGAACUAUUGGAAAUGUUUAGAGAAUAUGAGAAUGUGAUAGUAAAUCAGGUUAAACGUGACGAUUGGUAUAUGUGGGCUAAUAUGAAGAAAGGUGGUAUAACCAUACCUGUUUUUACUUCUCUAGAUGCAUAUUGGCCAGGAAUACAGUGUAUGUUGGGAGAUGUUGAAAAAGGAAUGAAGACAAUACACAAUUUUCAUCAGGUUGCCAAACAAUAUGGUUUUACACCUGAAUUUUACAAUAUACCAAAAGCAGAAGUACAUCAGCAACGUGCUGGCUAUCCUCUUCGACCAGAAUUAGUAGAGAGUGCUGUUUAUCUGUAUCAAGCAACCAAAGAUCCAUAUUUGCUUGAAAUUGGUAUCGAUCUUCUUGAAGCUAUAGAACAUAGCUCUCGGACAAACUGUGGAUAUGCUACGAUUAAAGAUGUAAGAGACCAUAGAUUAGAAAACAGAAUGGAAUCUUUCUUCCUUGCUGAAACAACCAAAUAUCUUUACCUUCUGUUUGAUACAGACAAUUUUAUACAUAAUACUGGUGGUAAAGGUACCAUUAUACAAACACCUACUGGUGAAUGUCUUAUAGAUACUGGUGCCUAUAUAUUUAAUACCGAAGCUCAUCCCAUUGAUAUGGCGGCUGUUCACUGUUGUAGUGCUCAAAAAAAUGAAGAAGAUCGGAUUUUACAAGAAUUUCACAAUAACAUAAACUUACUAGAACUCUUAGAAAUUACAGAGGUCAAUGGGAAUUUGAUUCAGGGUAAAAAGAUGAGGAAUAAUAAAAAACUUUUGUCAGAUAAAGACAAGAAAGAAAAUGUGGAAUCUGAUAUGAAUUUAGGCAGUCAGAAAUCCAUUAGUAAAGAAGAUAUAAGGCAGACAGAAGAAGCAAAAACAGAGAAAGUAGAAAAUACUGACAAUUCUAUUCUUAAUAAUAAAACUUUCUCAGAAUUUCUAAAAAUAGUUGCACCAUCAGGAAUGGAGCCUGAGGAAGUAGAGAAAUUGUUUGAAAAAUAUAAAAAUGGGGUAUUAUUUAAUGUGAAAAACUCAACUAAAGAUGAGUCAGAUAUUCAUGAAAAUAUAUCAAAUAUUGGUGAAGUGUUAAAUAAACCAGUGUCGGAAGAAUUAAAGAUGCAAAAAACAAGGAGAAAGCAAACAAUUAGUUUAGCCCAACAAAUAAUAAAUCUUUUUACUAAAAAAUCAAAAGAUGACACAACCAACCUGGAUCCACCUGAUAUACAUAAAUUAUAUAAGAAAAUGAGAAACUAUUCUUUAAAUUAUACAUAUUUACCAAAGUUACUUCACUGUCCAGCUUUACCAUAUCAUAUGAAAUUAUCUGUUAUGGGAGAAAUGUUUGCUGAUGAAUACUAAUUGUCAGAUUACA